ACCCUAUGCGACCCCCGCUGUCAUUUUUCCAUUGUUCAAACUUCUAAUAAUUUCUUUCUCUUUCUGAUAAAAAUCGUAUUCUGAAAGCUAAAAAAAGGUGAAAUGCAUGUAGCACAGCUUCAUUCAGGUUCCACUAUCCCAUUACUUGGUUUAGGUACUUGGAAGAGCAAACCUGGGGUUGUGGGUGAUGCUGUUAAAGUCGCCAUUGAUUCAGGUUAUAAGCACAUCGACUGUGCAGCAGUUUAUGGCAACGAAAAGGAAAUUGGUAUAGCUUUAAAGGAAAAAAUUGGAAAGGAUAUCAAAAGAGAGGAUCUGUUUAUCACCUCAAAGCUUUGGAAUACAAAGCAUGCUGCUGAGGAUGUUAGACCUGCCUGUGUGCAAACAUUGAAAGAUUUACAGCUGGAAUAUUUGGACCUAUACCUUAUCCAUUGGCCUAUAGCCCUUAAGUCUGGCAUUCCUUUUCCCAAGAAUAAGGAUGGUUCAUUGCAAUAUAGCGAUGUACAUCCCUUUGAGACAUGGACGGCUAUGGAAAAACUAGUUGAUGAAGGCUUGGUGAAAAUAUUGUCCUUUUUCAUUUUAUCCUUUAUUUUAGGAUUGUCUAAUUUCAACAGUAAACAAAUAAGCGAGAUAAUGUCGAAAUGCAAGAUAAAACCCGCUGUACUUCAAGUUGAAUGCCAUCCUUAUCUCAAUCAGUCAGAUCUCAUAAACUUUUGUAAAGAUAACCAAAUUGUCGUAACUGCAUACAGUCCCUUGGAUCGCCUCGACCGUCCCUGGGCUAAGCCUGGUGAUCCACUGCUUCUCGAACAUAAAAUCCUUGAAGUAGCUAAGAAAUACAACAAAAGUGCUGCCCAAGUUUGCAUCAGAUUUCAAAUUGAAAGAGGCGUUUCCGUCAUUCCCAAAGUGCUUCCUCAUCGAAUCAAAGAGAAUUUCCAGGUCUUCGACUUCAGUUUAUCGUCAGACGACAUGAAAGUGAUCGAAUCCUUUCACAGACCAUGGACCUGUAUCCCAAUGAUUGAGGUCAAUGGUAAACAAGUACCACGUGAUGAACAUCAUCCACAUUUUCCCUUCAACGAGCCGUUCUGAUUUAGAAUGCGGUUCAUAAAAUAAUUUUGAUAAAAGCCUAUUUACAAAUACGUUAUGGCUUACUCUGUUGAUAAACGUUGGAAACAACUUGUAACUCUAAAGUUUUAUUUUCUUAGUGCUUGCAAAGUGCUUUUUUAAUCGUCGUACGUUUAGUGCGAUGAAAAUUGUUGAAUCAUGAUUAAUAAGAAUGAAUUUACAUUUGACUGAA